AUGUCAGUCGGCGGCCCUUGUGCCUGGGUUUCGACGGUGCCACCAGCAGCUACUGCUCAUCCAUCUACCAUCACAAGUUCCUGGACCUCAGUCUCGUGGAACAGUGAGCAAGGCUCAUCAAAGUCGGGGUUAGACCUAACAGUCCUAUCUACAGUUAGGGGGCCGGGAGGCGAGCCAGAAAAGGCUCCUUCUGUGGAAAUGCAGUCGACCGUGGUCAAGGCUGAGAAUGCCUUUCCAGUUCAGGCCACUGCAGUGUCCCCUAAUCUGCUCAGGUACCCGGAAGAAGAUGCGCAUUUGAACAGUUUUGAAAGUCAAAGUUCAGAACAGGGCGACUCCUUGUCGAGGUUGAAACUAGAGAGGCUCAAUGCCGACGAUCAGGAGAGGGACAAAUCACCGCUGAACGAAGAAGAAAUGUCCUUCAAUGUCAAGUCGGAACUUUCAGAAGACAUACAAGAGGAUGAAAAAGACCACAGCGAGAUCAACGCCGGGUCUUCUGACGAUGGAGCGGGAUCCUCCGUUGCUGAUGAUAAAAAGGCUUCUCAACUGGAAAAGAAGAAGAUGAAGCGGUUCCGGCUCACUCAUAACCAAACUCGAUACUUGAUGAGCGAAUUCACUCGUCAGGCGCAUCCAGACGCCGCACACCGAGAACGACUAUCGAGGGAAAUUCCUGGGCUGACGCCACGUCAGGUUCAGGUAUGGUUUCAGAAUAGGCGCGCCAAACUCAAGCGUCUUACCAGCAACGAUCGAGAGCGGAUGUUAAAAUCUAGAGCAUUGCCGGAUGAUUUCGAUACAACCCAAGUCUUGCGGACUCCAUUUGGCAGCAAAGCGACCUCAGAAGCUCCAGGACUCCUAACAGAAGGCUUACCGCGCUUGAACGACGACGACUACGUGAUAUCUCCACUGAGUUCUGCUUCGACAUCGGGCCCCGGCUUCCCGCCUGCCGAUAGGGGUUUUGAGAGCUACCAGAAUCGAGGAGCAGCAGCAACGGUUCCGGACUUGAGGAGCAACCGUGGCACCUUUCCUUUCCCGCGAUCGAGCAGCUUCUCUGAGUCAUCCUUUAACACUAAUCUCCAAUAUCCCGGCCGCUUUUCGAGACCAGGGGUGGAGGCAAUGGGUCAUCCUGGAAUUCCAUAUCCACGACGGCCAAUGGACUAUGCGAUGAAUCGCCCAGCAAAUGGCAUGGUGGUUGGCUACAACCACCAUCGCCAAAUAGAGGGCUCUGUAUCACCUACCGGUCAACCUGAGCAGCAAAUGCCGCCAUAUGGCAUGGAAAAUGCUGGUCAGAUGCACAGUUACCAACCUCCUCUUUCGAUGCCCGGCCCAAAGACUUAUGGAGGCUUGGAAAUGCACUCCCAUAUGCAAGGCCCCGGACGCAGUAUACCUACCCUACAACACCUACCAGUCUCCGAAGCGCCAGACUACCGCACCUAUUCCUAUGAGAACCACCCUUAUGGCAUGAACUCCGGGAUACCCUUCAGUCAGGCCAAUGCUUCGAGUUUGAGCCUACCAGCAUCUUUUCCUUCCGACACCGGACACGUCUCUCAAGCACCCGUCGGCAGUUCACCCGACGACAGAAUGACCCAAACCCCGCAGGUCAUGGACCCCCUGCGAGCAAAAUACGGCCAAGGUUACGAAUACGCCAACUACCUAUAA